CACAUGCCGCAAUUGUUUACAGUUCUAAAAUUGCGCUCAAACAUGGAACGUUGGCAAAACCGAGUCGCGGUUAUAACUGGCGCUAGUACGGGCAUUGGUGCUGCUAUUGCUAAGGAUUUCGUUAAUGCAGGCCUGCAAGUUGUUGGUCUAGCACGGCGCAAGGAAUUAAUUGAAGAAAUUCGUAAUGCUCUACCAGCCGAGAAACGUUCCCGCCUCACUGCCAUGUAUUGUGACGUCACCAGCAAGGAGUCGGUGAAUGAAGUCUUUGACACGAUUAUUAGCCAAUUUGGUGGAAUUGAUGUUUUGGUAAACAAUGCCGGCUGUGCAAAAGAAGGACAAUUAUCUUCAAUGGAUAUUGAUGUUAUGGAAGCGAUUUUACACACCAAUGUCAUGGGUAUUGUGGCCUGUACCCAAAAAGCUUUUAAAUCGAUGAAGGAUCGUAACUUUGAUGGCCAUAUUAUAAAUGUAAACAGUAUUGCCGGCCACAAGGUGCUGACGGGACCCCCGCACAAAGUGCCAAUCACAAAUGUGUAUUCACCAUCGAAAUAUGCCGUCAGUGCUAUGACAGAAAUCUAUCGCAAUGAAUUUCGAGAGUUGGGAACAAAAAUUAAAAUAUCGAGCAUUAGCCCCGGCUUCGUUGACACCAACAUUGUAUUCGAUGAAAUCCGCAGUGUGAUAGGUCAGUGUAUGCUCAAACCCGAAGACGUUUCAAAUGCCGUUAUGUAUAUGCUCGCCACCCCGCCACAUGUUCAAGUUCACGAGAUGAUCAUAAAGCCGGUGGGAGAACUUGUUUAAAUCAAAACAAAAAAACACAUUUGGACAUGAAAAAUAUGUACAACGUAAAAUGUAUUUUACAAAUAAACGUUAAUGAGUUCAUUCACCGCAUAAAUAUCUACAAAUCUACACCAAUCAAACCUAAACAAGUUUGUUUUU